CAAUCUAUACCGUGCACUCGAUUAUGAUAAUCUUCGAUCAAAUCCGCCAGCUCUCACAGAUACAGGCAUCACCAACAAGAUGGCACCUCUUCGAGUGGUGUGAUCUAGCAAUAACGCCCUCAUUCGUCAAGCACUUCUGUCAGGAUAUGCUUACCGCUCAAUGGACGCGAAAACUUCCCUUUAUACAAGACACUGCUCCGGCAGAGUUGGCAGCCAGACUCAUCCACACUUUUCUCGACGACUUUCCCGACAUUGACUCGGAGCAGUACUUUGUCAUCGACUUUUGCUCUGGAGCAGGAGAAAAAUCAGUCAACACUUCCAGAGCCAACGCAGGCCAAACCCCCAUCCCCUUCCGGCUCUCAGACUUCCACCCAAAUCUCGACGCCUGGAUGCCUCUAGCAACCCACAGCGCCAAUCUCAGUUUCAUCCCUCAACCCGUGGACGCCACAAACACAUCCCAAGCUCCUCCCUUGAUUAUCUCAAAAACCUCCUCUUCCACGGGCUCCACAGGCGAUCACAAAUCCAUUCAUCUCUACAACCUCUCCUUCCACCAUUUCGACGACAAAUCUGCGCAAAAGAUUAUGAACAGUACAUUGGAAACGGCAGAUGGGCUCUGCAUUCUCGAACUCCAGGAUCGGAGUCUGGGGUGUUUGGUCUUGAUGUUAGGGGAACCUUUGCUACUUUUUCUUGUUACUGUGUUUUGGUUUCCUAUGCAGCCUUUACAUCUGUUGUUUACUUAUAUCAUUCCCAUCUUGCCAUUUGUGCAGGCGUGGGAUGGGUUAGUAAGUUGCAUGCGCACUCGCACUUUUGCAGAAACAUUGGGUUUUGCGGAAAAGACUUUGGGCGAGAAAGCUAGGGUUAUGGAGGAGAAGAGGAUGGGUGUGGUGGGAGAGAGGGUUAUAGUGGCGCAGUGCGGGCAGUGGAGGUUUAUAGGGGUGAGGAGGUUGCAUACUUGGCCGUUUGGAUAUGUAAAUGCCUUUCUUGCGAGAAAGGAGGUA